GCGGGCCCGGGCGCUGCUAGCGUUGGGCUCCUCCCCCAGCCGGCCCGGGCGCGGCCUGCCCCGUGCGCUGACCGGUGCGGUGGCCGCGGAAGGGGCCGGACGCUGAGCGGCGCCCGGCCCGGGGAGGUGGAGGAGACGGUUGCGGCGGCGGCGCGCGAGACGAGCUAGCGAGAGAGGCGGCGCGGGCAGAGCCCCGGCUCCCGCGGGGCACCAUGCCGGGCGGGCGGGUGUGCGCCGUGUGCGGCGGCUCGGAGAUCGAGGUGGACGCGGCGCGGGGGGACGCGGUGUGUACGGGCUGCGGCUCGGUGCUCGAGGACAACAUCAUCGUCUCCGAGGUGCAGUUCGUGGAGAACAGCGGCGGCGGCUCCUCGGCCGUGGGGCAGUUCGUGUCCUUGGACGGUGCCGGUAAAACACCAUCAUUAGGAGGAGGAUUCCAUGUCAAUUUGGGAAAGGAAUCGCGAGCACAGACGCUUCAGAAUGGGAAACGUCAAAUUCAUCACUUGGGAAACCAGUUGCAACUCAACCAGCAUUGUCUUGAUACUGCCUUUAACUUUUUCAAGAUGGCGGUGAGCAAGCACUUAACCCGUGGGAGAAAGAUGACUCAUGUAAUUGCUGCAUGUCUCUACUUGGUGUGUAGAACAGAAGGAACGCCUCACAUGUUACUUGACCUCAGUGACCUUCUUCAGGUGAAUGUCUAUGUGCUGGGAAAAACUUUCCUUCUCCUGGCCAGAGAGCUCUGCAUAAAUGCUCCAGCUAUAGAUCCAUGUUUAUAUAUUCCUCGUUUUGCACACAUGCUAGAGUUUGGAGAUAAGAACCAGAAGGUAUCAAUGACAGCUCUAAGAUUAUUACAGAGGAUGAAAAGAGACUGGAUGCACACAGGACGCCGGCCAUCGGGGCUCUGUGGAGCAGCUCUUCUAGUGGCAGCAAGAAUGCAUGAUUUCCGACGUACUGUUAAAGAGGUUAUCAGAGUGGUCAAGGUUUGUGAGUCAACGUUAAGGAAAAGGCUUACAGAAUUUGAAGAUACACCAACAAGUCAGCUAACGAUAGAUGAAUUUAUGAAGAUUGACUUGGAAGAGGAGUGCGAUCCUCCUUCAUUUACUGCUGGUCAAAGAAAAUUAAAGAUACAGGAGCUUGAGAAAGCGCUGUCAAAAAAGCUUGAAGAUGUUGAAGGUGAAAUAUCAAUUUACCAAGAUGAAAUAGAGAAUGAAUUAGAAAAUAGUAGGCCAAAGGCAAAAGGAGUAUUUGCCAAUUUGACUAAAGAUGACUCUAUAGAAGAUAAUACAACUAGUGUAUUUGGAGAGGAGGAGGCAGAAGAUGAAGAACUGGAAGCAGCUGCUAAUCAUUUAAACAAGGACUUUUAUAAUGAAGUUCUCGAUAAAGAUAGGUUAAAGAAAAAUGAAGGGAGAGAAUGCAAAAAUGGAAAUGAAACUCCUGUAUGGCCACCUGCACUAGAAUCUCUGCUUGGCCCACUCCCUACUGCUGCCAGCCUUGGGAUAACAGAGUCUAUACAAGAGUGUGUAUCCGCUAAGGAUCGAGACCACAAUCUCAAAGUGCUUUCCAAAGAUGAAAAUACAGGAGAUGGUGAACUAGAUCUUAGUGGAAUUGACGACACUGAAAUAGAUAGGUAUAUACUUGAUGAAACGGAAGCUCAAAUAAAAGCAGAACUGUGGAUGAAAGAAAAUGCGGAUUAUUUGAAGGAACAAAAGGAGAAAGAAGCAAGAAUAGCAAAAGAGAAGGAGCUUGGGAUUUAUAAGGAACACAAGCCAAAGAAGUCUGCAAAAAAGCGGGAGCCAAUUCAAGCUAGCACAGCAGGAGAGGCAAUUGAAAAGAUGUUGGAACAGAAGAAAAUCUCAAGUAAAAUUAAUUAUAAUGUGCUAAAGGACCUGAACAGCAAAGGAAGUAGCACACCAAAGAAAGAGGAUGACAGCACCGAUGACAGCAGCAACACCAAGAAGCUGUCAAGAAGAAAAUCUACUGCCAGUAGGAAUAUAGCCAACACUGUAAACAGUAUGGGAAAAAGAUUAAGACCCUUGAUUUCUACACAACUAGCUAAAAAGGCUGCAACUGAAGAGGUGACCUUUCCAGAGUCGCAGACAGAAGGGCCAGAGCUUGAAAAACCAGAGAACGUUCUGGUAGAGAGUGGACCGGUGUCAUAUAACCACGAUGAAGAAGCUGAAGAAGAAGAAAUAGAAGAAGAGGAUGAUCACUGCAUGAGUGCACUUCAGUUAAUGGGAGGAAAUGUGGUACUGGAUACGGGACUUCUGAAGCCAGAUGUCCUAGUUGAAGUUCGUUAUUGGGUGACAUUUUGCUUCUUGGGAAUCUUCGGGCACAGAAGGGUGUUCUGGAGCUGCCUUUGAGCCUGGAUUACGGCUGUGAUAUGGACGAUGACGACGGUUAUUAGUCCUGUGUGCUUCCAAAGGAGAUGUAGUAAUUUUGUGAUUCCAAUGACUUUAUGAAUGGUGAAAGAAGCUGUCUGUGAUCAGCAGACAUACUGAACAAUCCUGACUUUUGUAAAGAGAAUUUUAGUUGUGUUGAUUCUGGUCAGUUUACAUUGACAUAACCCAGCAAUAGAGUUUGGGUUUAUCGUACUUGAAAUUUUUUUUGGAUCAUGUUUUGAGGAAGGAAUUAAUGGAAGUAAUGUUUCCAGAGAACAAAGAAAAAUAGCCUGUAUGGAGAGUAUGUUGUGGUUAGAAACUAUACGUCUCAUAUAUGAUCCUGCUUCAGGCAUGCUACUGAAAAGGAAUGUAUAGAAGAGGAAUAAAUUAUAAAGUAAGUAAAACCUCCGCAUAAAUCUUUGAACUAUACCAGCAUUAAUUCUCUCAUAAUACUAUAAUGAGAAAAAUGGAUAAUCUAAUCUUUAUUAUUAAUGUGACUCUGCCAUUGUAUACAAGCUUCCUUACUUGAUACGCUCCCAAAAGUAAAUACAUUAAGGAAAAAGAUAGAAUUCUAUGGCAGUAUCUCUUUAAAUUAAAUUAAUCCUCAGAAGCUAAAUAGGUGCUUACGUACGUUAAUAAUAGAAUUGUGUGUUCCUCAAGAGAUGCUGACAGUAGAAGAGAACAUUGUCACAGAAGGGUGGUUUCUACUGCUCUGUAAAUGCUGAAGAAGUAUUUGUGGAAAAAAUGGUUAGAUAAAGGCAAAGCAUCUAUGGGGAAAGCAGGAGAGACACUGCUGAGGCCAAGUUCAUUGUAGUGACUAUACUGCUGUAGUAUGAUGAUGGAGGUUGGUGCAGUAGGGUGACUAUUGCUACCGUUAGUGACCUGCUGCAUUCUGGCUGGGUUUGGGAACAGACCUGCUCUGUGAUGCAGCCACACAGAGAACAGCCUGUCUCUAAAGGUCUAGGGGGGUUUAAAUAAAAAAGCUGAGCUUUUUGUGUAAAUAAGCUAGUUUCUGGUUUGACUGAAGUUUAAUUUAAUUUAUUUAACUUUUUUAUUGGUAAAUUAAAUGUCACACAUUGGGCAACCUGAUUGGCUCAGCUUGACUUUCAUUUUGUACAGUAACUAAGUGUUAUUGCCAGGCCUCAGGCCUCCGAGAUCCUACACUUCAAUGCACUAAUCUUUCCGAUCCCAAACUCAAUAGAACAACUCAUCUGAAUUCUAGCUCUAUGGGUUAAAAUCAGGCCUGGUGUUGGCAGAUUUAGCUCCAUUGACUCUUACCUCCCUCUGCCCCCACCUUUAGGGCCUGAUCCAAAGCUCACUGAAGUCUGCCGAAAGACUCCAGUGAACAUUAAUAUGCUUUGGAUCAAGACCUUAAUGAUGUUGGGAGCCACAGGAGUUCUGACAUUUUUGUCUUUCUCACCUGGCUGUUGAUGGUGAAGGAAGCUACACCAUCUGCCAGAACCAGCCCAGCUUAGGGAAGGUUAGUUACACAUCUCAUAGCAAAACAGUCUUCCCUGAGCGGGGCUGCUACAGGUCUGACUCUGAAUCUACUCUCUACUCACACAGGUGAGGAGCACCCCGUUUAUUAUAAGGCAGAGCACUCAUCACACGAACACCAUCCUCCUCUUCCCUCAACUCUGACCAGUAUGUGUCUGCUAGAUAUUUUGGAGCCCGGUUUCUGCAAUGGCUCUGAGACUGCAUGUGCUGUUGCAGAGUUUGGGUAACAAAAUUAAUCGUCCGGCAUGUGGAAAGCCAAAACCCUUUUUGAAGCAGGCUUUGGAUUGUCUGUAGAGGCUGGACUUUGGAAAGAUUUUUGAGGUUGGAAAGAGGAGAUUUAGUGUAAUUCUUACGGGAAAAGCUGGUACUCUAUAAGAAAAGCUACAGAUGUGUUCUGGCUGCUUUGGUAGCCACACAAAUGCUGCUCUGAGAAUUCAGUUAUGGAGUUAAACCUUUCUAUCUGCACCAGAAUGCAAAAUCACUCUGUUACAUGAUGAUAAUUUGAAAAAUAUCAACCAGGUGCAUUAUGCCUCUGCAAAUCUAUGGUAUACCUACCUAGGCCAGUUAGCUUGAAUGUGGAUAUUGCAGCACUCUGCCCAAGAGAAGUAUUGUAAGUGCCCGUAUUCCCAGUAUAUUCUCAAAAUCUGGAUUUUACUCUAAAGGUACAAAUUAUUGUAUACACAGGAAAUAAACAUGCAUAGUGACUUCUGGAGGGUAGAAUACCCUCCUGUCUCAAAGGUGUAGUGUCGGCUCUUGAAGAAGCCACUAAGAUGAAUUCUUUAUUGCUGAGAUUCUCUCUCACAUUUUUUGGUGUAGAUUUGCAUAAUGUUUUACCCCACCCAGCGGAAUGCUAAACCAGCUGCCAGGGCAGGGUCUCAUUCGAUUGGGGAGCUGGACGCACAGUGGAGUCCACUACAUUCGAAACAGACAAAUAGGAAAUGAGAAUUUCAGUAAUGGGUUGGGUUUCUGGAAGCUUUAUUUGCCAAACUGGAGGCCGGGGUGCUUCUCCAUUUAGGAGGAGAAAAUAGUUGCAGGGGUUUUGAGUGCUCUCAUAGGAUUCAGUCAGAACAUGCUGUCUCACAGUCUACCGUAAAGCACUUAGAGAGGACAAAAAGACCACCAGUUCCGUAGCAUCCCAGCAUUGCUAGUGAAUUUAGUUCUAUAUGCUCUUGUAUAGGAGCCUAAAUGAAAAGGGAAGGGCGUGGUGUUAAAUAGGGAGAAUAUAAAGAUGUUCAAACCAGUUGCAUACAUUUUGAAUUUGCUGGUGACUAGCUGGGAUUUUUAUAAUUUUCCUUCCUUUGUGAUUUAACUAAGCUCAGGAAAUGUAAACAGAUUAGAAGAUGUUAGUUUCUGUUUUUAUAACCACUCAUGGAAAUGUAAAAAGGUUAAGGUAGCAUUAACUCUGUUUACUACUGUUGAUGUAUCAUAGUGACCUUGCAGAAAACGUUUUGCUGUAUUGUAGCCUGGAUUCCCUUGGAGUAAUUUGGACCCUGCUUUAUUCAGGAUUCUAAUUAUAAUGAAAAGAGAUUAUAAGGCUUCAGCAUUUGUUGUUCUUAGAUCUUUGUACUAGAAUCCACGUGAGCUACAUAUCUGUAAAAAGCAUAAAUGUCUCUUGCUGCAAGUCACUUUAUUUGACAGGGAAAACCCUCCAGCUGUUGCAUUGUGUUUGCCAUGAAGCCUCUUUAACACACACUACUAUUGUGGGAAUAAAAUAUGAAAGAGGAAUAAUGAAAGUAACAAGAUUGUUCACCAUGAGAAUUGCAUUUUCUGUGUCUUAAUCUUGUAUGACGUUCUUUUAAAGUCACUAUGUUCAAUUCAGAGAUCUUAAAUGGUGCCAGACAGCCUUAUGUUGUGGGUUACAUGUUCAUCUAAAAAGUUCUUACCAUACUGAUGGCUUGUCUGUAUUCUCUUUGGAUUGUAUUGAAACUCUCGUUCACAGAUGUAUGCUCUUAAUGUGUCCUUUGCCCAAUAAGUGUACUAUUUUUUAUUUGUGUAUUGAGUCUACACAUUUGAUUGUUAGUGCCAAGAGAAUUACAUAUGCUUACAUUGAACAGUUGUAUCUUCUUUACACAACCACAGUAUGAGCCAUGUUCAGCUUUUUUAUUGUAAUAUAUUGCUGUAAAUAAAUCCAAAACAAAA